CCAACAUGGCGUCUCCCAUUUUGAUCUCCGCGGUGGUUUCUACCCCGGAAGAUCGGGGGCGGUGCUGAGCGAGGUUGAAGUGCCCAUCCCGUGCGGAUCGCAGAAAGCUGCCGCUAGAAAGUUCGUUUCUGGUCAGGACUCCAGACAUUUACCCUGCCCGGAGGGUCAGGAAUUGUCGACGUCUCCCAGUCUGUGCAAGUUGUCACCAUCUGCCCCGGUCUUGUCCCCGUGCCACCCUCGGGCACCCCCCCGGGUCCGUGAUACUCACAGAUUCAAAAUUAUGAACCUUCGGCAGCAGCUGUGGCGUGUGCGCCGCUGUCUCGGAGCCGCGGCUCCCCCACGUCGCCUGUCGUGGCCCCCCGCCCGCGCCCCGCUCUCGGUGGGUUCCCGGCGCGCGCAGUCCUCCGGGUCCCCGACACACUGGAACCAGGUGGUGUCCGAGGCGGAGAAGAUCGUGGGCUACCCCACGUCCUUCAUGAGCCUCCGCUGCCUGCUGAGCGACGAGCUCAGCAACAUCGCUAUGCAGGUGCGGAAGCUGGUGGGCACUCGGCAUCCUCUGCUGACCACAGCCAGGGGCCUUGUGCACGAUAGCCGGAAUAACCUCCAGUUGAGAGGCUUGGUGGUGCUGCUGAUUUCAAAGGCAGCUGGGCCCAGCCAAGUGAAUGCUUCGUGUCAGAACUAUGACAUGGUCAGUGGGAUCUAUUCAUGUCAAAGAAGUUUGGCAGAGAUCACCGAACUUAUCCAUACUGCUCUCCUGGUGCACCGGGGGAUAGUAAACUUGAGUGAAUUGCAGUCUUCUGAUGGGCCACUGAAAGAUAUGCAGUUCGGAAAUAAAAUAGCGAUCCUGAGCGGAGACUUUCUUCUUGCAAAUGCCUGCAACGGACUCGCUCUACUCCAGAACACCAAGGUGGUGGAACUCCUAGCAAGUGCUCUUAUGGACUUAGUACAAGGAGUAUACCAUGAAAAUUCUUCAGCGAAGGAAAAUCAUAUCACAGAUGAUAUUGGAAUAUCGGCUUGGAAGGAGAAGACGUUUCUCUCCCAUGGUGCCUUACUGGCAAAGAGCUGCCAGGCUGCGAUGGAAUUAGCAAAGCACGGUGCCGAAGUUCAGGAGAUGGCAUUUCAGUAUGGGAAACACAUGGCCAUGAGUCAUAAGAUAAAUUCUGAUCUCCAGCCUUUUGUUAAAGAGAAGACCAGUGACUCCGUGGCUUUUAGUCUAAAUUCAGCUCCAGUAGUCUUACACCAGGAGUUUCUUGGAAGAGAUUUGUGGAUUAAGCAGAUCGGAGAGGCUCAAGAAAAAGGAAAAUUAGACUACAUGAAGUUGCGAGAGACCAUCAAAGCUGGCAAAGGUGUGACUUCAGCUAUUGACCUGUGUCGUUACCAUGGAAACAAAGCCCUGGCAGCCCUGGAGAGCUUUCCACCCUCAGAGGCCAGAUCUGCUUUAGAAAACAUUGUGUUUGCCGUGACCAGAUUUUCCUGACACCAAAUCAAAAAAAAAAAAAAAAACACUGGCGUUUGAUAGCUGGGAAAAAAAAAAGAGGAGGAGGAGGAGGAGGAGAAAAGGAAAAACAACAACAAACUGGGGAAUGAACUGAAGGACAGACUUCAUGAUGAGGUCACUGCAUGUGUUCAUGACUUUAAAAAACUUGCUUCCCCCCCUUUGUCACACAACUCAGUCAUGAAACCUGCUUUCUCUUUGGAAAUGCUACAAAACAAAAUUAGAACAACCACAAAGAAAGAAAGAAAGGAAGAAAGAAAGAAAGAAAGAAAGGGAGAGAAAGUCAAGCCGUUUUCACUUGUCACACCAGAAGCACCCUUGAAGCUGCAGCAGCAGAAAUAAUUGAUGAGAUUCACUUCUGUGACCUCAACAAAUGGACAGGAAAUAAGUCCUUAUUGAUUGGACUGAGCCAGGGAUGGCGCCAGGGUGGUGGCCGGUGGUUUUCCUUCUGAAGAGGACAGAGCAGGCUGGAAGCUGCAGGUGUUGAGAGAAACACUAGCAACCCCAGCCAGGAAGGACUGCCAAAUGGAGAACCAGUGACCACUUUCUCAGGAAGAAGGGGAAUUCAAUAAUUGAGGGGGGGAAAAAUCUGUAUUGUCUUCUUGCAGUUAUGUCUCUGUUUUUAUGGAUGCUAGAUGCAUAUAUUUUGUGCCUCUUGGUUUUUAUAAGAUUAUUUGGGAAGAAAAGUAUUGAGGGGGGAAAUGGCAAAUAUUUUUAAGUCAGAGAUUAAAGUGUUACCACAUGUUAACUUGGUUGUAGUAGAAAUAGUCUGUUUUAUUUUUCCUCAAAGAACCAAACUUUUUAUAUAUUUUUAAAGAUCUUAUUUAUUUAUUUAUUUAUUUAUGAGAAAUAUAGGAGGAAAGAAAGAAACAAACCUUAUGGGGGUCAGGCGGUAGUGCAGC